AUGAAGAAGACCGGAGCUGUUUCCGAUCCGUGUUCAAGGCUCAAGUGGGACAUAUUCCUCAGUUCCCAAAGAAACAAACGCCACAAUUUCACUGAGCGUCUCUAUGAAGCACUCAUCAAGAAACAGGUCCGGGUAUGGAACAUUGAUGCGAAAAGCGGGAGUCAUGAGCUCGGUCCAAGUCUUGUGGAGGCUAUGGAGGAUUCGGUGGCUUUCAUCGUCGUGUUGUCCCCUGACUACGCUAAGUCUCACGGGUGCCUAGAAGAAUUAGCCAAGCUCUGCGAUUUAAAAUCGUCCUUGGCUCAUCGGAUGUUACCGAUCUUUUAUGAGGUGGAACCCUGGCAUUUUCGGAAACAGAGUCCUUUCGAAAAGGAUUUCGAAGAGCAUUCGAAAAGAUUUGGGGAGGAGGAGAUACAACGAUGGAGGGGAGCUAUGAAUUUAGUCGGAAAUAUCUCCGGAUUUGUUUACAGGUAUAUGAAUCCUCCAAUAUAUCUUCAACAUCUUGUAAAAGACCGCGAAAAUCCGAUUGAAAUCACGAAUAGAAAAUAA